AUGACACGCAGAUUUUCUGCCUGUGUGCUGGCUUUACUGCACUUCUGUCGUUCCUCUGACUCGUAUGAACAACCAGCAUUGCCUGAUGUUGGAGAUCCAAGGUUUAUUGAGGAAUGUGUGCAAGCCCAUAACAGAUUCCGGUCUGGAGUGAAUCCACCAGCCAGCAACAUGCUUUACAUGACUUGGGAUCCAGAUUUGGCAAAGACCGCGAAAGCUUGGGCAAAGAAAUGCCUGUUUAAACAUAAUACGUACCUCAAAGAGCCAGGGCAAGCUCACCCCAAAUUCACCCCUGUUGGAGAAAACCUCUGGACAGGCUCACUUUCGAUGUUCACUGUGCAAAGAGCCAUCACCUCUUGGUACGACGAGGUCAGCGCCUAUGAUUAUUCCACCAAUAACUGCAGAAGUGUAUGCGGCCACUAUACGCAGAUUGUUUGGGCUACAAGCUACAAGGUUGGCUGUGCUGUCUAUUUCUGUCCCACCGUGGCGUACUCCUACAUAACCAACGCAGCACACUUCAUCUGCAACUAUGGGCCAGCUGGGAAUUACCCAGGGCCCCCGUACAAGAUGGGAGCAGCAUGCAGUGACUGUGACGGCGAGCAGUGUGCCAGCCAGCUCUGUCAAAAUGCAGAGCGUGACAAAGUCAUUAAUGAUUCCAGGUGGCAUCCAGACUGGGACAGACCUGCAUGUGACGAGUACUGCACCACCAUCAUUACUUUAAGGCCACUGUUCCUUGCACUGACAGUUCUGGCCGCCUGGCUCCUACCAAAAUACUGGUCCAUAGGACCGGCCAGUGCGUGA